UUUCAUGUGCAUUUCAGCAAACCUAGUCAUUAUGCACCAAGCAAUGACAUGUAUGGUGGAGAGAUGCACGUUCGACCAAUGCUUUCUCAAACAGCGUAUUCUUUCUACCCAGAGGAUGAAAUUCUUCACUUCUACAAAUGGACCUCUCCUCCAGGAGUGAUUCGGAUUCUAUCUAUGCUUAUUAUUGUGAUGUGCAUUGCCAUAUUUGCCUGUGUCGCCUCCACGCUUGCCUGGGACAGAGGCUAUGGAACCACUCUAGUAGGAAGUGGUGUAGGCUACCCUUAUGGAGGAAGUGGCUUUGGAGGCUACGGAAAUGGCUAUGGUUAUGGCUACGGUUAUGGCUAUGGAGGAGGCUACACAGACCCAAGAGCAGCGAAGGGCUUCCUCCUGGCUAUGGCUGCCUUUUGUUUCAUUGCAGCAUUGGUGAUAUUUGUUACCAGUGUUAUAAGAUCUGAAAUGUCUAGAACAAGAGCCUACUACCUGACUGUGAUAAUAGCGAGUGCUGUCCUGGGCUUCCUGGUGUUUAUUGCCACAAUUGUCUACAUAAUGGGAGUUAAUCCAACCGCCCAGGCUUCUGGAUCCCUAUACGGUUCACAGAUCAUUGCCCUCUGCAACCAGUUUUAUACACCUGCAGCUUCUGGAAUCUACGUGGAUCAGUAUUUGUAUCACUACUGUGUUGUGGAUCCUCAGGAGGUAUGGGCAGUUUUGUCUUUUUCCCACCCCUGCUCCCCUUGGCAUGUGCUGAGGACUGAAUCAAUGAGCGAGAGAAAGAGAGUGUGUGUUUUGCUAGCCUUAGCCCAAUGGUAUGGACUAGNGGACCGGCCGCUGGGGUCGAGACCUCCACGCCCAGCAGACAUGUUGCCUGCGUCGGAGGAAGUGUGCGGGGAGAAGUGGGUUGAGGGGCCAAAAUGGCCUCUACACUUUGCCGGUGGAAGAGGUUGGAAAAGCGACCCCGGGCCCCUCGUGUCCCAGGUGAAGCGGCUAAGCUGGAGGAGAAGUCACGGCAUCCUCAGGCCGGCCCUGGGGCUGGCUGGGCAAACUGUCCACCUGCGAAAUGACCCGGGGCGGGGGCGAGGCAGCCUUCCAGUGCACACACCUACAUGUGAAUGCCUCCCGGCUCCCUGCUGCUGCUCUCUGUGGUUACAGUGCCCUGGCAAAGGCUUGGAGUGUACCCCGUGGUCACUGAAAAACAGUUCCUCUUUUAUUAGGGUGCCUGAAGUGGUUCAGGAGCUUCCAGUGACUUCACCUUUGGAUGACUUCAGGCAGCCUCAUUACAGCAGCAGUGGUAACUUUGAGACACCUUCAAAAAGGGCUCCUGCAAAGAGAAGAGCAGAAAAGUCAAAGAGACCAGAGCAAGACCACUAUGAAACAGACUACACGACGGGCGGCGAGUCCUGCGAUGAGCUGGAGGAGGACUGGAUCAGGGAAUAUCCACCUAUCACUUCAGAUCAACAAAGACAACUUUAUAAGAGAAACUUUGACACUGGCCUACAGGAAUACAAGCUCUUACAAGCAGAACUUGAUGAGAUCAAUAAAGAACUCUCUCGUCUGGAUAAAGAAUUGGAUGACUAUAGAGAAGAAAGUGAAGAGUACAUGGCUGCUGCAGAUGAAUACAAUAGACUGAAGCAAGUGAAGGGAUCUGCAGAUUACAAAAGUAAGAGGAAUUAUUGCAAGCAGUUGAAGAGUAAAUUGUCACACAUUAAGAAGAUGGUUGGAGAUUAUGAUAAACGGAAAACAUAGAAGGCAGACCACGUUGUUUGAGAGAUUAAGAAGUAUCUGACGUCUCUGCAAUGUUGUCAGAAGGCAAAAUGACUUUGGACUCUAACCCAGGAGCCAAAGCUUUGUGAUCAUUACAAAGUUUUGGUAGCUUUAAUAUCAUCAGUUUAUUAUCAUCAGUAUUGAAGCAUUUUAUAAAUAGCUUUUGAUAAUCAACUGUGCUGAACACUCCAAUUAAGGAUUUUACUCUUUAAAUACUGGUUCUUGUAUUAAGAACUAAGGAUUGUUUGAAGUUUUUAAGCUUUUAAGGAAGGUCCCUGAGUGGAUUGUGCU